GCCGCGCUGCAUGACGGGAUGCGCCCAGGCUGCUUCUAAAAAAAACGCCACACACUCCCCUCUCUAGGCAGAGUGUCACAGCACACGGUGGUGCGCUGUUCAGACACACAAUCUAGUGCCGGAGUGUGUGGUUUUGGACGCGCCCGAAGUCAUCCUGCUAUAGUAGUCACUUCCAAAUACAGAGCUCGUGCGUAAGUGGGAGUUUAUAGACGGGAUGCCUGCACACACACUCGCAGUGAUCAGUGUGGGGUAGAGACAUGCACAGUGCGCAGGAGUCACUCAGAACAGUACAAGUUAUACAAUUUACAUUUUCUAAAUGUCAAAGUAAUUUUUUUUCAUUCAAUAUUUUUGUAGAUUUUGGGAGCCUGAUUUCUCUGGGAAGUUUCUCUUAGUGGUUAGCACUGUGGCCUCGCACCACCAGGGUCUGGGUUCGAUUCUCACUUCAGGUCUGUGUGCAUGGAGAUCUCCCAGUGCUUGUGCCUGCUCUCCUAGGUGAUCAUGAUCAAGUUUCUGCUGAUGGUGAAUAAACAGGGUCAAACCCGCCUGUCUAAGCAUUACGAGCAUGUGGACAUCGGGAAAAGAGCCGCUCUGGAGGCCGAGGUGGUCAAAGCCUGUCUGUUCAGGAAGAAAGACGAGUGCUCAUUUUUGGAGUACAAGGACUACAAGCUGGUGUAUCGGCAGUAUGCAGCUCUUUUCAUUGUCGUCGGCGUCACUGACAGUGAAAAUGAACUCUCCAUUUACGAGCUCAUCCACAACUUUAUCGAAGUGCUUGACAAAUACUUCAGUCGGGUGAGCGAAUUAGACAUUAUGUUUAAUUUGGACAAAGUACACAUCAUUCUUGAUGAGAUGAUCCUGAACGGACACAUUGUGGAGACCAACAGAAACCGCAUUCUUGCGCCCCUGCAGGCCUUGGACAAGAUGGCAGAAGGAUGAAUGAAACCGGCUACACUUGGGAAACAUGGACUUGUGAUCAUGAACAUGUGCUAUUUAUAUAUUAUUCAAGUACCUCACCCAUGUUGACUGGGUGUUACAGAUACCGGUUUAAACUACACUUCAUAGACGCUGUAUUAGGAAACAUGUACUGCAGGUGCAUGAGUGCUGCGUCAACUGUUCCUUGUUUCCACAGCAGCUAAAGCAUGCUAAUCAUUACACUGUUCGUCAUAUUUGUACUUAAACUGCCUUCUGAACUUGACAUUAACAUAAAGUCCAUGAAUAAAUGCAAGUAAAUGGAACACA